AUGGAGAACAGUGGUGAAGUAUGUUCCUCGCCUUUUUAUCGAGAUAACCCUGAUUGGGCCGAUGUAACGCCAAUCUAUCCGUCCAAGGAAGAAGACGGAGUUGUUCGCAUAGCAGUAACUGAACAGUUCAGAGAUGCAUUCGCUUACCUCCGUGCUGUUCUUGCCUCCGGUGAGAUGUCGUCUAGAGUGUUCAUGCUAACGGAAGACUGUAUUCAACUGAAUCCUGCCAACUACACGCUUUGGCAGUUCCGUCGAGAAUUGCUGAAGAAAUUGCAAGUAGAUCUAACAAAAGAGCUGAAAUAUCUGGAUGACGUAAUCAUGCAGACACCGAAGAAUUACCAAGUUUGGCAUCAUCGAAGGGCAAUUGUGGAGAUGAUUGGCGCUUCCGUUGCUCCUGAUGAACUCAAUUUCACUGCCUCAGUAAUAGAAGAUGAAACGAAAAAUUACCAUGCUUGGCAAUACAGGCAAUCGAUUCUGCGAAACUAUGUGUUCGUUGGAAAUGAUAUUGAAAAGGCGAUAGAAGCUGAACUUUCGUUCUCUGCCAAGCUCAUAUUUGAAGAUGCUCGUAAUAAUUCCGCCUGGAACAACAGAUACUUCGUAUUACAGUGUACAAACAAAAUCGCAGAUCCGACCACGGUGGACAGUGAGAUAAGUCUUACGAAGCGUUUCAUAGAGAAGAUGCCAAACAAUGAAAGCGUGUGGAAUUACUUGGCCGGGUUACUGCUCGAGUCUGGAGUGUCUUCUCGACCUGAUGUCGUUGCGUAUGUAGAAGACCUUUACGAGAGAACAGAACCAUCUAAACGAGCGCCUUAUAUGGUUUCUUUCCUGUGCGACAUCCUACUGGAGAAUAUUGAAAAUGACGUGAAUGCUGUCGAUAAUUGCAAAAGAGCAAAAGAGUUGUACAACGAGCUCAUAUCCUUGGAUCCAACACGAGCAAAUUACUGGAAGCAUCAGAUAAAGGUCGCGGACAAUUUGUUGGAAAGGCGAUCCUUCAAAACGGUUGCGAAAUAA